UAUAAAAAACGUAUCGGUACACAGGUCCCAGGGUAUGAUAGUGCACAUUGCACCCGACAGUAGUCGGUAAACAAAUUAGGGAUGAAAAAAAUACAAGGUUUGUAUGGGGAGGGACCAUCAUGAUGUGGUAUUUGUGUGUACCUGUUCUGAUUGGGGAAUGGCAAUGGUGCAUUCUCAAUGCUUACAUUAGAGGAAUAAAAAGGGAGCUGAUUAGCUCAAUUAAUCCCUAUUGCAGUUAACAUCUUUAUGGUUGGUAAAUGGAUGUUUGUUGGGUCUGUUAGAUUAGCAGUAGGACAAAUACGACACAGCAUCAAGAGAUCCGUAACAACACACCCAUCCUCGGGGCACUACUUCACAGCAUCUAAGACAAUGUCAUCUUCAUCAAGGUCAUCCUCAAGAUCACCUUCAGUGGUCUUAUACAGUAUCUACACUGAAGGUCCAAGGGGUAUCAAGGAUAGUCUUCAGACCAUGUGUCCAAAGGUCUUUGAAGAUUGCACUGUUGUUGACUGGGAUGAGGAACCAUUGUCAGAUGAAUCUGUGAAAAGUUUACGAAAAGCAGAAAUAAUAUUAAUGGAUCCACAUAAACUACCUUCAUUGAUGACAGUUAUAGAGAAUGUGAAAUGGGUACAGUCUACAUGGGCAGGAGUUGACAGCUUCAUUAAUAAAUUUGAUCCUGCUCUGCUGCCCCCUAAGUUCACCCUUACCAGAUGUGCCGGUGUGUUUGGUGAUCACAUGUCUGAGUAUGUCAUCGGCCAAAUUUUAUCUUAUGAGAGGUCUUUCAAGUUUCUAUGGGAGGCUCAACAAAAGAAAGAGUGGGCCCUAGAUGAAUACACAGCUGAUAAGAGUUAUCACCUUUUGAAAGGAAAGACAAUAUCAAUUAUUGGUGCAGGAGAAAUAGGAACAGAGAUUGGCAAAGUUUGUAAGGCUUUCAACAUGCGUGUUAUAGGACUAGUAAGGAGAGAGGUACCACAGGAACAACGUAAUGCUGCAUUUGAUGAAUAUAGGUUAACAGAAGAGCUUCCCUAUGUCCUUGAGGAGGCUGAUUUUAUUGUCAAUGUUCUUCCAAGUACCAAACAAACUGUGGGACUCUUCACCGGAAACAUACUCUCUCAUUGUAAAAAGAAACCUAUGUUCAUUAAUGUUGGCAGAGGAGAUGUGAUUGAUGAAGCUAGCCUUAUUAAAGCCAUCAAGGAAGGGUGGAUUCGUCAUGCAGUUUUAGAUGUUUUCAACCCAGAACCCCUCCCAAAGGAGAGUCCACUCUGGUCCAUGCCAGAGGUCACUAUAACUCCCCAUGUUUCUGCACAGACCCAUGGUCCAGAGAUGACAAAGGUUUUCAUCAACAACUACCAGCGUUAUGUGAAUGGAGAGACAUUGAAACAUCAAGUCAAUUGGGUUGCAAAAUAUUAAUGGAGAGAGACAAUGAGACAUCCACUUACUGAGUUUCAAAGUAAUAAGAAGUUAAAUGGAGAGACAAUGAGACAUCAACUCAACUGGGUUGCAAAGUAAUAAGAAGUUGGAUGGAGAGACAAUGAUACAUUAACUUAAUUGGACUACAAUGCAAUUAGAAGUUGAAUGGAGAGACAAAGAGACAUUGACUCAUCUGGGUUAGAAAGUAAUAAGAAGAUGAAUGGAGAGACGAUAAUACUUGAUUACAAAGUAGUAAGAAGUUAAAUGGAGAGAUAAUGAGAUAUCAACUCAACUGGAUUAAAAAGUAAUAAGAAAUUGAUUAAAGAGACAUUGAGACAUCAACUAAUCUGGGUUUCAAAGUGAUAAGAAGUCAAAAUUAAAGAGAAUGAGCUCUUCUUUAGGGAAGGAAAGAGAAUGGUAGAUUCAGUGAAUAUCAGUCUGCACAUACUCAUUUGUAAGGAAAUGUGUGUGAUGAGGUUUUACUCUUUUAAAGAUGUUUCUAACUCAGAAAAAUUGAUUAAUGCAGCCUGAAUGUCACCUAUUUGACAGCAAUCCUGUUUUUGAAUGUCUAGUAGAACUGAAAGCAAAUUAAGAAUUAUUAUUUCAUCUCCCUUGUGUCAGAACAUUUGAUAUAAGUUAUUUGAGGUUAUAAAGAAAGUGGCAUCCAAAAUGGUCAUUUUUUGUAUUGAUAAUAUCUUACUGUUAUGAAGAUAUCAUUUCUAUUCAAACAUUAAAGUUAAUAUAAAAACAUAAUUAUUGCAAUUGUAAAUUUCCGAUGGUAUCAAUCAUUAUGAUGUAUUGUUGAUAUUCUAGUUUUUAGAAUAUUUAUAGUUACAUAAUUUAUAUUAUAUUCAAAUAUAUGAAGGUAACAACAUUGAAAUGAAAAUCAGUUUCCUUGCGAUUCAUGCAGUCCAGAAUCUGUAAGCUGGCAUCAGCCCAAUAAUGAAGGCUUGUUUUACAGGGAGCUGAUUUACCAAUUUCAAAGAUGAAUACUGCACUCUAAUUGGUCAAGAGAUUAUGUAGGGAGAGGAUUCAGCGACAAGUGGUCGAAAUUUGCCUAUUUGCUCAUUUGCAUGUACAAACCUGCGGUCUAACCUGUUGACAAAAUGUUAUAAUUCUUCACUAAAACAAAUAGCAAUUUACCCAAUCAUGUACAUAUUAUAUGUGCUAAUCAUUUAUCAAUGUCAUUUAUUUUUAUCAAAUAGGACAGUGCUGGAAUGAUUUCAUGUCAAAUAUUCUUGGUACAAUUUUAUAACAGUACUAGUGAUUUCUGUAAUCAGUAUAUGCAUUUAUUUUCUUUAUAAUGUAUUUUUGUAUUUACCAGGAUAUAACAGUUUCAGCCAGAAAAGGUAUAUGGUUUCUAGCCUGAUAACUUGGUUUAGUGAUUUUUUGCAGCAUGUUUUGUCUCCCAUUGUCACUGUCAAGUAAUUAUGGUCCAUUAA